UGCGAACGUUCGCAACGAGAGUCGAUGCCGAUGUCUGUGUGUUUCAAUUGAUCGCCAUCUUGACUUCGCAGUCUUCGAUUGGGUCUUUGAGAUCCAUUUCCCCCUUUUUUAGUGUAAAAGUACACAGUCUUCUUAUCCAUUCACGAUGGAUAACCAGUACGGAAUUGGUGUAAAUAACAGGUACGAUCUCUUUCUAGCCGGAGAGGACGAUUCCUUCGAUAUCCUUCGGUCGCGUGCUGCUACCAAGGAGCCCAAGAAGAAGAGCAAAGUUGCUGAGAAGGAAAAUAAACCCAUCCAGCCUGAAUCCAAGUCCAAAGCCUCGACUGGCGCUCGCGAAGGAAUCAAGGAGACUAAAAAUUUGCAGAAUGUCUCCAAGAAACCUGAUGCUGCCAAACCUGGACCUAAACCCAAGGUUGAAAACGCCAAGCCAAAACCUGACUCGGAUGUUAAGAAACCCAAGUUUGACUCUGCUAAGCCAGCGUUGAAAUCCGGGGAUUCUCGUGAGGAGAGGAACAACCGACGAAACCAAGAAGACAGACCAGAGAGACGAAGCAAUCAGAGUUUCAACCGCAACCGAGACGGUCAUGAUGGAGGCGACUCUAAACCGGACAGAUUUGGUGAUCGUUUCGGAGAGAGCACUGACCGACCUGAGAGACCAGAACGCCGUGAACGAUCGGACCGUUUUGGUGACCGCUUUGGCGAAAAUCGUGGAGAUAGAUUCGGAGAAAACCGUGGUGGAGAUCGUUUCGGAGAGAACCGUGGUGGCAGCCGGUUUGGUGAGAGCCGUGGCGAACGAGGUGGACGCGGUCGCGGCGACCGUCCAUACCGUGGUGACCGUGAGGAUCGUGGAGAUCGCGGAGACCGCUCUGACCGUGCUGACCGUGGUGAUGGCGGAGAUCGUCCUGACCGUGGUGAUCGCCCAGAACGAUUUGAACGUUUUGAGCGAUUCGAAACCUACAAGGAUGGUGAAGGUAAUGAGGUUGGUGAAGGAGGCCGUGGCAGAGGAAGAGGCAUGGGACGCGGUCGAGGCCGUGGUCGUGGAGGAUUUGAAGGACGUGGCGGCAGGAGGGACUUUGACCGCCAGUCAAGAUCUGAUAGAACCGGUGUCAAACCUGUAGAUAAACGUGAAGGUGGCGGUUCCCACAAUUGGGGCACUCACCGUGAUGAGAUGGAUGAAACUGUUAACAACGGCUCAAUGAAUGAAUCGAUUGACUGGAGUGGUGGUGGUGGAAAUGCUGAUGACAGUGCCAACACUAACGAUCAAGGCGGAAAACGAAACAGGGACGACCAGGAACCGACUACCAAUGGCGAUGCCCAGGAACCACCGGAACCCAAAGAAUUGACUCUUGAAGAAUGGAAAGCGCUGAAAGGAACGCGAGAAAAGCCCCAAUACAAUAUUCGUAAGGCUGGAGAAGGAGAAGACUUAACCCAAUACAAGAACAUGGUCGUUUUGAACAAAAAAAGUGAACCAGUCAAGCCCAGUAUAGAGCACCCGGAGGAACCAGCACACAGUAAGCAGAGUAGCAAAAGGCAAAACGUUGUGGACAUCAACCUUCAUUUCAGUGACAACCGGACUUUACGCGGCAGAGGUGGACGUGGUGGCGGCCGAGGGCGACGCACUGAUGAUACGAAGUUCCAGCAAAACCGCGAGCCAAAAGUACCGAAACAGAGUGCCCCGAAAGUAGAUGAUGAACACGAUUUCCCAUCCCUCGGCUAAGACGGAGUGACCAGCACAUAGUUUCCUGUCGUUUUUAAUUACAUCAGAAAGUCCGCUAGAAUCCACGGUUAGCGUUGAUCAGAAGCUUACCCAACGACGAUCCUUGCAAGGGCUCUUUCCUUGCUUGGUCCAUACCUCCCAACCAAUCAAUGCAUCGCAUUUUUUUUCCUCUUUCUUUUGUGAAUAAGCUAGUUCCGUACUAAUAACCCCCCCCC